AUGAAAUUUUCAAUUACUGUCCUCACUUCCGUUGCUGCUGCUUUAGUUGCUUCUGCUCCAGUAACUCCUGGGAAAAUUGACACUCCCGCUCUUCCAAUUGAAAACCCCCUUGAACGUGUUGUCGAAGCUUUCUUCAAAGGUUCUUCAAUUGAUGCUGAAGCUGAAAACAAGGUUGAAGAUAAGGCAGUUGCUGAAGCCAUGGAAGAUGCCGAUGCUAAAACAGCUGCUGGUUCUCAAAAGAGAGAUGCAGAAGCCAAACCACACUGGACCACGUAUGGUUACUAUGAACCUCAAAAGAGAGAUGCCGUAGCUGAAGCCGAUGCAGAAGCCAAACCACACUGGACCACGUAUGGUUACUACGAGCCACAAAAGUAA